AUGGGGCGGAAUCUGGAGGAGAUGGAAGAGGAUCAGGGAGGCAGUGAUGGCGAAGAAAAUACGAUGGAAGUGACUUAUGGAGAGAUCAACGUGGAAGAAGGAAUGGUGGGAGGAUAUGAAUGUCCGAACUUCAUUUUUUCCGAGGAGGAGAAAAAAAGAAUCCAAAGACCAUGGAGGAGAGGAGUCAUAGUGAAGCUCUUAGGAAGGAAAAUUGGCUAUAAAGCUCUUGAAAGCAGAUUGAAUCAGAUGUGGGUGAAAAGAUGGGUCAUUAGCAUCAUAGAUUGGAGCAAUGACUACUAUUUGGUGGCAUUCUCGCAUGAUGAUGAUAAGAAAGCAGCUCUGGCUAAUGGUCCGUGGUUUAUAUAUGACCAUUAUCUGACAGUUAAGGAUUGGCGUCCAAAUUUCCAAUCGGAGAGUGAUACUAUAGACGAAGUCGCGGUGUGGGUUCGUAUCUCUGGACUCCCUAUUGAGUAUUAUGAUCCGAGGGCGUUAUCGGAGUUUGGAAACAAAAUUGGGAGAACAAUCAAAGUAGAUAAAACUACUAUCAAGCAGGAAAGAGGAAAAUAUGCUCGAGUUUGUGUGGCUGUUAACUUGGCAAAACCAUUACUUGCAAUGUUUCGAAUUGAAGGAAGCAGCUAUAAGGUAGAAUAUGAAGGAUUACAUCUGCUGUGCCUUGUGUGUGGUAGGUAUGGUCAUUAUAAGGAGGGAUGUGCAUAUGCUGGAAACAGGAAGGAGAAUGAAGUGAUGACUGGAGAAGGUACAAGUGGUCAUGCUGAGGCUAGCAAUGGAGGUUACAGUUCGGUGCCUACAGAUAAAGAAGGUCCUUGGAAGGUUGUCCAGAAACCCAGGAGAAACAAGAAAUCGGUAGAUGGCCGGAAAAACAAUGGUCCGAUCAGAAUUAAUGAUCUUUCCAAAACUAGCGGAUCCAGAUUCCUUGUUUUGGAUAGUGGAGAUUCGGAAUUCGGAAUUGAUUGCUAA